UUGACAAACCAUGUCAAAAAUAACAUCGCACUAGCGUGCGCAGCAUCAUUUUCUUUCUUCUUUCCUUCUCUUUCUCGCCGGAGAAUCAAGAAAAGUGCACCCUUAUCAGCGACCUAGCCUCGUAUUCCGCAGUUGUUGUACAUGGAGGUGGAGAAGAGAAAGCGGUUUGAUGAAGAAGCAGUUGAUGGGAAAAAGGUGAAGGGUUCGAGGAAGGAAGCUGACGGAGGAGAGAAGGCGGCAGCGGCUGCAGUGGGGUUGAAGAUGGAAGAGACUGACGGUGGCGACGAUGAUGGAGAGGUGGAGGAGUUCUAUGCUAUAUUAAGGAGAAUCCAGGUGGCAGUUAAGUAUUUCCAGAAAAGUAACGGCGGGAGCAAGAAGAACUCGACGGCGGCUGUCCCCUGGAGUCCUAACUUUGAACGGGAAGAUUUUGAGGUGGUUAACGGGGUUAAAAGUCAAGAAAGAGUGGAAGACAAUGUGGGCUUGGAUCUUAAUGCCGACCCUGACCCUGAUAAUGUGUCGGUCACAAAGAAUCAUAGACUUGUGGCAUGUAGUAUCUGUCACAUGUCAGAUCCAGUGUCAGAGGUGGGCGCGAGUCACGUGCCCACGAGAACGAUUGGGUUGGGUUGA